GAACGAGGCGGCCAAGAUGCGGCGCUGAUCCGGCGGCCGGGCAGCAGGUGCGUCUCCUUCAGCGCCGCGGCUCAUGAUGUGCCUGGAGAGCGACGGCUCGUCGGGCAGCGGCCCCCCCGGCUGCGGCGGACGCCUUCGGGUCUCGGCGGCCGCCGGCGACGACGACGAGGAGGAGGAUGACGGCGGCGGCGGCAGCGGCGGAGAUCGGGGCUGUUGCGGACGGAGCGGCGAGGUGCAGACACUCUCCGGAGCGCUCCCCGCGCCCGGCGGGGCCAAGAUCGCCGCCAACGCCGAGCGGGGCUGCCAGGCGGCGCCCGCCGCGGCUCCCAGCCUUGGCAGAGCCCGCGUAGCCGCCGCCGCCAUCCUCAGCGUGGGCAACGUGCUCAACUACCUGGACAGGUACACCGUGGCAGGCGUUUUGCUAGAUAUUCAGCAACAUUUUGGAGUCAAGGACAGUGGAGCUGGCUUGCUACAGACAGUUUUCAUCUGUAGCUUUAUGGUGGCAGCCCCAAUAUUUGGCUACCUUGGUGACCGUUUCAACAGGAAGAUUAUUCUUAGCUGUGGGAUCUUCUUCUGGUCAGCCAUUACCUUCUCCAGCUCCUUCAUCACUGAACAGUAUUUCUGGCUGUUUGUUCUCUCCCGAGGUUUGGUUGGCAUCGGUGAAGCUAGUUAUUCCACCAUCGCUCCUACUAUCAUCGGAGAUCUCUUCACCAAAAACACUCGGACGCUUAUGCUGUCGGUCUUUUAUUUUGCAAUCCCUCUGGGCAGCGGCUUAGGAUAUAUCACUGGAUCAAGUGUCAAGCAAGUAGCUGGGGACUGGCACUGGGCCCUGCGGGUUUCUCCACUUUUAGGUAUGAUAACGGGGACACUUAUCUUAAUAUUUGUACCAGCUGCUAAGAGAGGCAACGCUGAGCAACUGGGCGCACAGCUGAAGGCUCGGACCUCCUGGCUGAGGGACAUGAAGGCCUUGAUAAGAAAUCGCAGCUACGUGUUCUCCUCCCUGGCUACCUCCGCUGUUUCCUUUGCCACGGGGGCUCUAGGGAUGUGGAUCCCUCUUUACCUCCAUCGGGCCCAGGUUGUUCAAAAAACAGCAGAGAUUUGCACUUCGCAGCCCUGUGGGACCAGAGACAGCUUGAUCUUUGGAGCCAUCACCUGCUUCACUGGAUUUCUGGGUGUGAUCACCGGGGCUGGAGCUACCAAGUGGUGCCGGGUGAAAACACAGAGAGCGGAUCCUCUUGUCUGCGCCGUUGGGAUGCUGGGAUCAGCCAUCUUCACCUGCUUGAUUUUCGUUGCAGCCAAGAACAGCAUUGUGGGAGCCUAUGUCUGCAUUUUUAUUGGUGAGACUCUUUUGUUUUCAAACUGGGCCAUCACAGCUGACAUACUUAUGUAUGUGGUUAUUCCUACACGCCGAGCAACAGCAGUAGCUUUGCAGAGCUUCACCUCACACCUUUUGGGAGAUGCUGGAAGUCCCUACCUGGUUGGAUUUAUCUCUGAUGUGAUACGGCAGAGCACAAAGGAAUCUCCACUGUGGGAAUUCCUCAGUUUAGGCUACGCGCUCAUGCUGUGCCCUUUCGUUGUGGUCCUGGGGGGGAUGUUUUUCCUGGCAACAGCCCUCUUCUUCCUAAGCGACAGAGCCAAAGCCGAGCAACAAGUAAACCAACUGAUGAUGCCUCCAACCUCAGUGAAGGUUUAAGGCGCUGACAUCUCAAGCAAUGAAGGCAAUCUUUUGUAGCUGCCACUAAACCCCAAAAUGGGCACCUGUGGAAGACACCCUGCUCGUCCCCUGCCCCUGUGCUUUGAGCCAGAGGAAACACAGACUCCCAGACACAAUGGGUUGGUGGUGUUUCAGCAGAAUAAAGGGGUCCUCUGGGCACACAGGGUGGUAGCAGCAUGGAUGACAACUUGCUCCCAAUCUGGAUGGAUGCUUCUGGCUGGCUCUUUCACCCUCUGUCUCCCAAAGGAGACAUCUGGAGAACUGAAUAUACAACUUUACUUUCAGCCAAAGAAGACGCCCACUUUUGCCAUUGGAGUCAGCAUCUGUUUAACACACUUGAAUGGUCAGCAAUCCUGUCUUCAGGUAGAGACCUUAUUCCAGCCCCCCAGAAAUGUUUUGCCUUCUGGUUACAGCUUCCCCCAGAUACGUUUUCUACUCUUAAAUGAUGUAAAAGGAUACCGUUUUUUCUGCAGGACACCAAAAAGAUUGGAUUGGACGGAUAGCUGUUAUUUUUUCUCCUUAAAAUAAGAGUGUAAUUUGCACUAGCAGUUUACUGCUGGAGCUACCUCAGACCUACCAAUAACAUUAGUUCUUUGGACCAGCAUGAAUUGGGGAUUUUAGUUUUCCAUGGGGAAUUUCAGAAUUUUUUUCAAG